CCAAGCAGUCAAGAUGUCCAGCUCGAAACUCGCUCUCCUCAUUCUGGUCGUGGCCUGUUUGAUCCUCAUCGCUUGGGCCCGGCCCCGAUCCCGAUCCUCGAUGUACAAUGAGGUCACAUCCCUGCCGGCGGAGCGGCAGUUGAGCAACGAAAUCCUGGACCAGAUCUCGCCCAUGAGGAAGCCAUCCAAGAGGCACUUCUUUUUGAAGCGGAAGAUGACGAUGCAGCGGAGUCCCUUCCUCGAUCGGUUCUACAAUAUGCCACAGCCCGAGAUUGCUCCAGGUGGAGCCAAUUAUUUUGGUAACGAUGUGUUGCCGCUGUCCACCUAUGAGAUCCUUGAACCAGAGUCCUUUUAUUAAAGGAUUCAAUUUAAUCAAUUUAAGCUUCAGACAAGUUUUUUAAAUAUUCCUUUUGUGAGUAAAUUAAAUAUAAUUUAAUUAUAAACUAGUAAGCUAACGAAUUCUAUGAUUGGAAAUAAAAGUAAUGCCUCUAAAA